GGACGCUCACUGGUUCGCCUGCUUGCUAACGUGUUAGCAUGGCUACUGCCUAAUCACAAAUACACUGCAGUGCAGUAGCGGAGAGGACAGGGACGGGUCGGCUACACUUUUGCUUCACAUUCUUCCAUUGUUUGCGCUUUUGUUUUAAUCGAAAUGGGGACGCGAGACGACGAAUAUGACUACUUGUUUAAAGUGGUCCUGAUUGGAGACUCUGGUGUGGGGAAGAGUAACCUUCUGUCUCGUUUCACCCGCAAUGAAUUCAACCUUGAGAGCAAAAGCACCAUCGGAGUGGAGUUCGCUACACGGAGCAUUCAGGUGGAUGGAAAGACGGUGAAGGCUCAGAUUUGGGACACAGCUGGACAGGAACGCUACCGAGCCAUCACUUCGGCGUAUUAUCGGGGAGCCGUGGGGGCCCUCCUAGUGUAUGACAUCGCCAAGCACCUGACCUAUGAGAAUGUGGAGCGUUGGCUUAAGGAGCUCCGAGACCAUGCAGACAGCAAUAUCGUCAUCAUGCUCGUGGGCAAUAAAAGCGACUUGCGUCACCUCCGGGCCGUGCCCACCGACGAAGCACGUGCAUUUGCAGAGAAAAACGGUCUGUCCUUCCUAGAGACUUCAGCUUUGGAUUCCACCAAUGUAGAGACUGCUUUUCAGACCAUCCUGACUGAAAUCUAUCGGAUCGUAUCCCAAAAGCAGAUGUCCGACCGCCGAGACAAUGACAUGUCACCUAGCAACAAUGUAGUGUCCAUCCAGGUGCAACCUACUGAGAAUAAACCAAAGAUGCAGUGCUGCCAGAGCAUCUAGCGGCACCCGUACCAUAACCCCCCCCAAACCCCAACCACCCACCUGCAACACCCCCCUCCCCUCCCCCCUUCAAGACUGCUUUGGGUCUGAGAUGCAGCUGCACAACUAGGCUUGAGCACAGAGGCUGGUUCCAAAGCUGGAAUCUCAAAGGGUCACCACCUGCAGUCUGGACUAAGCUUGUUUUUUUCCCUCCCUCCUUCCUGCCAUGGUAGGCUUUUAUAUUGCCGAAUUUUAAUAAUCAUUUGUGCCGAUCUUCACUGAAAUGUCUUAAUAUAUAAUUUCAUUCGCAAACGUGUGAGGUUCGCUCAUGUAUGUCUUUUAGUAGCAGCCCCCCCUUGUCUCUGGGGUGGAGGGGAGAAACGUGCAGUAUUGGAGGUUUUGCUAUAUUUAAUGUUGUGAUUGUAUAGAGAUGAUGUACCUGAUAGAUGUUAGAUGACGAUUAGGGCCCAAAGACCACAGUCUUCACCUUUCAGCCAUCUUCCAAGUGUGGUUCGCAUUGCAUGUACAGUCCCGGCACGGGGCGGCACCGCAUCACGUUCUUGAUUUCACCAUCAGGCCAAUGGAAGAGGCCUUAAGGCACAUAGCUACUGCGCUGUUUUCUCUUCGCCAUUCAUUUGCAUCGAGGUAGAAUAGUGGUUUUAGUGCCUUUUUUUGAUGGAACAUUACACGGACGCUUUCAUGCAUGUGCUUAAAACGCAACACCUCCUCAGCUGUCCGUGCCAGUGCGGCGAUGCCUUCAUCACGCGCUAGAAUCACACUGUAAUGUAGUCCGUUAUGGACUUUUUCUUUUUGUGUUACCAGCCCUUUCAGUUGUUGUUUUCGCAUAGCAAAAGUUCAAUUUGUAAUAAACAAGAAUUGAUGUCAUAAAUGCAGAUUGUUUCCUAAAGAGGGGACCGAACUACCAAACAGGCACAAGUUCUCUUUGAAACACUACCACAGACCUAUUCAGAAUGAAAAGAGGGAAAACUUCCCCUAAACGCAACGUUAUCUCUUAACAUCACAACCUCAAACCCAUUGUACUUUUGCAGGUCACGCUCUGUCGUUAAAGUCGGAACAGGAAAAACACGCAGCAGUGAAUAGCGGCCAGCUGACGGCCGCAUCACAUGAGAGCACUCUAGGGAAUAGACUGGAUACUUUCUCUUUGUUUUUAUUGCACUGAAUGUAAAAUAUCUCCCGCCACUACAGUUAAUGAUCAUAAGACCUGUAACUUGUAUUUAUUCCGUGGUAGUCACUUGAAUCGAGUUGUUAGCCUUUUAAUCUUGGUGGCGAAGUGAUGGCGUUGAGACACAGUGUGAUCAUUUAUGAAUGUAUUAUGUGUUUUAGCCUACAAAAAAGUCUUUGUCCUGAUUCCAGCAGAUGAGGAAACUACCACAAGCUGUGAUGCUCGUCUUCGCUUAAUGGCUGUCUAAUAAAAUUUACUCCGACUGAAAGACUGAACUAAUAAUGCAUGUUAUAUAACGGGUGACCUCGGGGUGGGAGAAUACCGUAGACCUCAGCAGUGGUUUAUUUUUCUUCAUCGAUCCCUUUGAGUUUAAUUACCCUAGCACUAGGUAAAGCAACAUAGUUUGCUAAGGUCAUUCCCAUCAGAACACAUUCCAGGUGGAAUUGAAGGCCCUUAAAGGCUGCAAUGUAAUUACUGAAUCAGACUGAACCGACAUUACUGCAUGCUAGUCAUUUGACUGUUUUUAGUGAGUCUCCUAUAUCUUAUAAGCAGCACACACAGUACUUAUCGCCAUCGAGAGGAAAAGACCUGGUGAUUAUACAAGCGUCAGGGUCCGUUUCUGUUCUUUUAGGACCCUGAUUGUGAUUGUAGGACUGUUCUCUAGUCUAGAGGCAGGGGUCUCUGGUGCUAACAGGGGCCAGUGCCAAUGAUGUGAGGGCACAGAUGGCACGACUAUGACCUGCCCAUGCACUGCACAUAGCUGGUGUGUCCUAGUAAGAUUACCCAGAUAUUACUUUUCUGACUGUCGGAUCUUUCACGUAUUGCCUCGAGAACCUUAUUUCUUUUUGUUUCUUUUGUCUGCACUGUACUGUGAUUUAUUUUGUAUUGUUAUGAUUAUACUAUUACUCUGUCACCUGUAAUUCCAAUUUAAAAGAGCAAAUAAAAUAUGUAGUUAAUUCAAA